GUGGCCAUACUCUAAAUUACCCCGCCCUACAUGAAUUUGCGUGCGUCUUGAGACAGCACGAGCUAACACUUCCUUACUUUGUGCUUGUCGUGCUCGACCGUGUUCAUUCAGCAGGGUGUUUUUAAUACUAUCUCAGAGAACUUGAGGGCACUUCUAUAUAUUGCACACACUGAUAUGGGGUUUUAAUCACUGGAAAUGGUGUCUUUAAAGGUUAAAACACCUCUCAGCUUUACAUUUGCUAGCUAGCUAACUUACCAGCAGGUAGUGUCAGCUGUUGAUAAGGAAUUGCCGGCGAGGUGCUUGCGACAGCCGUAUAGCUCUGGAAAUUUGGCAUCCAAAUCGACGUUGCCGAAGUAACUUUGUUACCAGACCUCAAACUUUUACAUCCUUUAACACAUGGAAAGCCUGUGCAGUCUUAUCACUCAUGACAUACUUCCACUUUAUGACUGAUUCCUUAAGGUUGGCUGGUGUGCCAUAAGGUUCAGAAGUUAGACUGAGCAGCAUUAUCGGGAGGUAAGGAGGAUAUACAGUGGCCGUUUCCCUAAGAAUGCCUAUAUGCCUGAAGAUCUGCUGCCGUUCUCUGAUUUAGAAGGCCUGUGUGUGUGUGAGAAAGAGAGCGAGUGACGUGUUUGCGCCAAAACGAGGACCAGAGCCUGUGUGGGGGUUUGUAUGUGGAGCAGGAUUAACCAACAAGCUCUGCAUCAUCAUCAUUGUCGUCGUCCACAUCAUCAUCUUCAUCAUGGCUCCACAUCCUGUUGUUCAGGCCAUUAUCGACCUCUCAGCUGGAGCUAUUGGUGGCACUGCCUGUGUGUUCAGCGGGCAGCCGUUCGACACAGCCAAGGUGAAGAUGCAGACGUUCCCGGGCAUGUACCGAGGCUUCCUGCACUGCUUCACCUCCGUCUACCAGCAGGUGGGGCUGCGGGGCCUGUACCAGGGCACCACGCCGGCCCUUAUCGCCAACAUUGCCGAAAACGCUGUGCUCUUCAUGAGCUACGGCUUCUGCCAGGACGUGGUGCGUUUCCUCUCUGCGGUGGAGCGAGGAACAGAGCUGAGUGAUGUUCAGAUGGCGUGCUCGGGGUCCGUGGCCUCCAUCUUCUCCUCGUUGGCUCUCUGCCCCACAGAGCUGGUGAAGUGUCGGCUGCAGGCCAUGGAUGAAAUGGAGGCGUCGGGCAAGAUUGCCACCGGCCAGAAGAGCACGGUGUGGUCAGUGGUGAGGAAUGUGAUUCGGACCAAUGGACCGCUGGGCUUCUACCAGGGCCUGACCACCACCAUGGCCAGGGAGCUGCCGGGAUACUUCUGCUUCUUUGGGGGAUACGAGUUCAGCCGCUCCACAUUUGCACAGUCCAUGGGCACGAAGAAAGAGGACAUAGGUGUGAUUCCCCUCAUGUUCAGUGGAGGCUUUGGGGGGGCUUGCCUUUGGCUGACGGUCUACCCCAUUGACUGUGUCAAGUCCCGCAUUCAGGUGCUCUCUCUGGCCGGGCGACAGGAGGGCUUUCUCAAGACCUUCAUUGGCAUUGUGCGCAACGAAGGUGUGGCACCGCUGUACUCUGGUCUCACCCCCACCAUGAUCAGAACUUUCCCCGCGAACGGAGCACUGUUCCUGGCCUACGAGCUCAGCCGCAAAGCCAUGAUGAGACGGUUUGACAGCUGAGGUGCUCCACUGUCCUCUUCGCUGAAGGUUUCAAGAGACAUAGGAUUUUGCCCGUUGCCUUGCGCUGAUGUUUGGCCCAGCAACAUUUGUCUUGGACACUUAAACUUAUACUUUGAAUUCCUCUCUUCAGGAAAAUCUGUGACAUGUUUUUUACAGGAACUGUGUGAUAGAGGCCGGCACAAAGCGAUGUAAUACCUGCUCCUGUCUGCACUUGUCACGUUUUAUCACGCUCCCAACCGCAAAAUUCCGUAGGUGGACUUUACACAGGAUGGCUUUUUCAGCCUUGCUCCUGCCAUGUGUAAAAACCACCAAUCCUGCGUCUGUUUAUUUAAAACCUGGGCUAUUUGUUGCUGCUCUCGCACAAAUACGAAUAACAUUACGUACUUUAAGAACAACAAAUUUACUUUUAUUUCAUUUUAUACAUUUCAUUUAUAUUUUUUGGGAGUCCCGCGAGUCUUGUCUUUCUCCCGCCUCCUUCACACGCGUCAGUUUUUUCCCAUCUUCAUUCCGCAAUAAAAAAUCCCUGUGCCACACUCUUUUGCGCUGGGUCCAGCGGUACUCCCGUGGGUGUGCCACACCCUUUUGCGCUUUCCCGUGUGUGUGCAGGCCUCCACUGUGUAUCAGAUGAGAUAUCUAGGGAAAUCCUGCUGAUACAAAUAAUGCAAUCACUGUCAAGACUGUAUCAUCAGCAAAGAUGAUACUGAGUGGCUUAAGGCUCAACCUAGUAUGCUGCUUGUGAGAAUUGUUUGGUAUUAAUAGUCUAACUGUGUUAGGGAUGUUGUAUUGCUUAAAAGAAUCGGAAUUUGGAAAUAUUUCUACACUCCUCAGUUAGUAGGCCUACACUCUAAGCAUAUUAAAACACAUAAUCUACAAAAA